AAUCUCAGAUUUUUUAGCAAACCUUUUCCACAAUUUCCAGACAGUUUUAGGGUUCCGUCGUUCUUAUUCACUCUCGAUUCUUCGCUUAGCUUCGUCUUCUUCAUCGAAGAUUUAUCUCUACAAUUCGCUGUGGAUCUUCGGGGCGGGCGAAUUUCAUUGAUUUUCCAUUGAAUCUGCGAGGUUACAUAUCCGGAUUUGUGUUAUCGGAGCUGAAUUUAGGAAUGGAGGUAGAGAAAUCCAAGUAUAGGAGCGAAGAUUUGGAUGUGGUGGAGGAGGAGGCUGAUUUGAAGAAGAGUCGGCGAGAUCGUGAUCGGAGUAAUGAGCGGAAGAAGGAUAAGGGUUCAGAGAAGCGUCGAGAGAAGGAUAGGCGGAAGAAACGAGUUAAGAGUAGUGAUUCUGAAGAUGAUUACGAUAGAGAUGAUGAUGAAGAGAGGGAGAAGCGUAAGGAGAAGGAGAGGGAGCGGAGACGGAGGGAUAAGGAUAGGGUGAAGAGACGGUCUGAGAGAAGGAAGAGUAGUGAUUCUGAAGAUGACGUUGAAGAAGAGGAUGAGAGGGAUAAACGCAGAGUGAAUGAGAAGGAGAGAGGGCAUCGAGAACAUGAGAGAGAUAGAGGCAAAGAUAGGAAAAGGGAUAGAGAGAGGGAAGAGAGGAAGGAUAAAGAAAGAGAAAGGGAGAAGGAUAGAGAGAGGAGAGAACGGGAACGGGAAGAGCGGGAGAAGGAGAGAGUUAAAGAAAGAGAAAGGCGGGAACGGGAAGAUGGAGAGAGGGAUAGGAGAGAGCGUGAGAAAGAAAGGGGUAGUAGGAGGAACCGGGAAAGGGAAAGGUCAAGAGAGGUGGGCAAUGAAGAGAGUGAUGAUGAUGUCAAGCGUGACUUGAAACGUAGAAGAAAAGAGGGCGGUGAACGGAAGGAGAAAGAGCGUGAAAAGAGUGUUGGCAGAUCUAGCAGGCAUGAAGAUAGUCCAAAGAGAAAGAGUGUCGAGGAUAAUGGGGAAAAGAAAGAGAAGAAAACGCGAGAAGAAGAACUAGAGGAUGAGCAGAAGAAGUUGGAUGAGGAAGUGGAAAAACGAAGGAGAAGAGUCCAGGAGUGGCAAGAAUUGAAGAGGAAGAAGGAGGAAGCUGAAAGUGAAAGUAAGGGUGAUGCGGAUGGUAAUGAGCCCAAGGCCGGUAAGGCUUGGACUCUUGAAGGAGAAUCUGAUGAUGAAGAAGGCCAUCCGGAAGAAAAAUCAGAAACAGAAAUGGAUGUUGAUGAAGAGACUAAACCUGAAAAUGAUGGAGAUGCUAAGAUGGUAGACUUGGAGAAUGAGACAGCUGCUACUGUCUCUGAGAGUGGAGGUGAUGGAGCUGUAGAUGAAGAGGAAAUUGAUCCUUUAGAUGCUUUUAUGAAUACUAUGGUAUUACCUGAGGUUGAGAAGUUUUGCAAUGGUGCUCCUCCCCCAGCAGUGAACGAUGGUACUUUGGAUUCUAAAAUGAAUGGGAAGGAAAGUGGUGACCGGCCAAAGAAAGGUUUUAAUAAGGCCCUUGGUAGGAUAAUUCAAGGUGAAGAUUCUGAUUCUGAUUAUUCAGAACCAAAGAAUGAUGAUGAUCCAAGUUUAGACGAAGACGAUGAGGAGUUCAUGAAGAGAGUAAAGAAGACAAAAGCUGAGAAGUUGUCCCUUGUUGACCACUCAAAAAUAGAGUAUGAACCUUUCCGGAAGAACUUCUAUAUCGAAGUGAAGGAUAUCUCUAGGAUGACACAAGAAGAAGUUAACACUUACAGAAAGGAAUUGGAGCUGAAAGUUCAUGGAAAGGAUGUUCCAAGACCCAUAAAGUUUUGGCACCAGACUGGGCUAACCAGCAAAAUUUUGGAUACUAUGAAGAAGCUUAAUUAUGAAAAGCCAAUGCCUAUUCAAACACAAGCACUCCCUAUCAUCAUGAGCGGUCGAGACUGCAUUGGGGUUGCAAAAACCGGUUCAGGUAAAACCCUUGGUUUUGUUUUGCCAAUGCUGAGGCAUAUUAAAGAUCAGCCUCCCGUUGAAGCUGGUGAUGGGCCAAUUGGUCUUGUAAUGGCACCUACUAGGGAGCUUGUUCAGCAGAUUCACAGCGAUAUCAGAAAGUUUUCUAAGCCAUUGGGUAUAAGAUGCGUCCCUGUGUAUGGAGGAUCAGGAGUUGCCCAGCAAAUUAGUGAACUUAAGCGAGGUACUGAGAUUGUUGUGUGCACUCCUGGGAGAAUGAUUGAUAUCCUUUGCACAAGCAGUGGGAAAAUCACUAAUCUGCGAAGAGUCACAUUUUUGGUAAUGGAUGAAGCUGAUCGUAUGUUUGACAUGGGUUUUGAGCCUCAAAUUACUCGUAUUAUUCAGAACAUUCGACCGGAACGCCAAACUGUGCUUUUUUCUGCCACUUUUCCACGCCAAGUUGAAACUUUGGCACGUAAAGUCUUGAACAAGCCUGUAGAAAUACAGGUCGGUGGAAGGAGUGUUGUGAAUAAGGAUAUAACUCAGUUAGUUGAAGUCAGACCGGAGAGUGAUAGGUUCCUUAGACUUCUGGAACUUCUUGGGGAAUGGUCUGAGAAAGGGAAAAUUCUGGUCUUUGUUCAGUCGCAGGAAAAAUGUGAUGCCUUGUAUAGGGAUAUGAUUAAAUCUAGUUACCCUUGUCUGUCUCUUCACGGGGGUAAGGAUCAGACCGAUCGUGAAUCAACUAUAUCUGAUUUUAAGAACGAUGUCUGCAAUUUGUUGAUUGCCACAAGUGUUGCUGCUAGGGGUCUAGAUGUGAAAGAGCUUGAGUUGGUUGUAAACUUUGAUGCGCCGAACCACUAUGAAGAUUAUGUGCAUCGCGUUGGCAGGACAGGCAGGGCAGGGCGUAAGGGCUGUGCUGUGACAUUUAUCUCCGAGGAUGAUGCAAAAUAUGCACCAGAUUUAGUCAAGGCCCUGGAGCUUUCUGAGCAGCCAGUUCCUGAUGAUCUGAAAGCACUUGCUGAUGGUUUCAUGGUGAAAGUGAAACAGGGUAUUGAGCAAGCUCAUGGAACUGGCUAUGGUGGUAGUGGCUUUAAAUUCAACGAAGAGGAGGAAGAAGUUAGAAAAGCAGCAAAGAAAGCACAAGCAAAGGAGUAUGGCUUUGAGGAAGACAAGUCUGACUCAGAAGAUGAGAAUGAUGUAGUAAGAAAGGCAGGUGGUGGUGAGAUCUCACAGCAGCAGGCUACUUUUGCUCAGAUAGCCGCCAUUGCUGCUGCUGCCAAAGCUGCUGCUGCUGCUCCAGUGAGUGCUCCUGUGACAGCUAACCAAUUACUGGCAAAUGGUGGCGGGCUUGCUGCCAUGCCAGGUGUCCUUCCGGUUACUGUUCCUACCCUUCCUAGUGAAGGGGCAGGCCGUGCUGCAGCCAUGGUUGCUGCCAUGAAUCUGCAACAUAAUCUGGCAAAGAUUCAAGCUGAUGCAAUGCCUGAGCACUAUGAAGCAGAACUUGAAAUCAAUGACUUCCCACAAAAUGCUCGUUGGAAGGUCACCCAUAAAGAAACUUUGGGUCCAAUAUCAGAGUGGACUGGAGCUGCUAUUACCACCAGGGGUCAGUUUUAUCCUACAGGACGUAUACCGGGACCUGGGGAACGGAAGCUGUACUUAUUCAUUGAAGGGCCUAGCGAAAAAUCAGUUAAGCACGCAAAAGCUGAACUCAAGCGUGUUCUUGAAGACAUUACGAAUCAGGCCAUGUCCUCACUUCCUGGAGGAGCAUCCGGGAGAUACUCAGUCCUUUAAUGUAAGUCGAGAAUUCUAGUCCAAUUUACAAUCUUUGGUGAUAAAUUUAUGCUAAAUGCUUUGCUUUAGCCUUGCAUGCAGACUAUUUUCUUUCUUACAUAACUCUUUUAAUCUCAAAGUUCAGACUUAUGGAUCUUUAGUUUCUGUCUUUUAACAGGAAAGCAACAAUGAGGUGUGUGAUUAUAAGGGAUUCAAAUCACUGAGAGUUUUAUUAAACAAGUAUUAUUGGUUGAUGUUGUGGAAUACAAUCUCUGCACAAUUGCUAAAUCUUUUUACAGACUUGAACUUGUCGUGAUUAGAGACAUGGUCUCAUAAUGCUUGUUGUUUCUCAUCCCGCAACUCUUUUCCUCUUUUUAAUUCUAUUCUCUUUUUCUUUGUCAUGUUUAUACAAUGUCCUCGAUGGGUUUGCUAAUGAGCAUUACCGCGUGGUGGCUGUUAAAUGAUGGGUAAAAUCUAGUUUGAUGGAGGUUGUGUUUGGCACUAUGCUUGUUAGUUUCUUGCAUCAAGUUCCCCGUUUUACAGCUUUUGGCAUCUUUUCUGCAGGGGAAAUCUGUGAAACAUGAAGCUCCCGGAGAGAUGAUAUGUAAUUUUUUGUGAUAGACAAGGCAAAGCUUUUCUUACCUCUCCAAUGGGUAAGACUUGGAGCUUAUUCAGUUAUGUUUCUGGAUCCUAUGUCUGUGAAGCUCCGACUAUAUCUGCUUGACCAAUAUUCUUUUGAGGGAAAAGUUUACAUCUACUGGGGGAGUUCAUGGACUUGCGACCUACUUAAACGCUGAAGGAUGCUUUCCGAGUAAUGGUAAAAGGGGAUGGUGCAUUCAGUAUGUAGUAGACAUAGGAUUUAUGAAUCAAGAUAGUAGUACUCAAGUUUUGUGGAUCAAAAUUUAAAACUAAUGCUUCUGAAACAGUGAAACAGAUGGUCUAUUAUGUGUUGAUGAUAAACGGCUAUUCUCGUAGACAAUAGAGAAGCUUGAUCCACAUGAAAGGUUGUUGGUGGCCAAAGUCGAUUUGUGUGACCGCACCUUUAUCAAACAAUGAACAUAAAGAAGUGUCAGAAUGUUAAGAGUAAUUUCUGGAAAAGGGAUGGAACAUUCUAUUCACUCC